UCCCCAGGCGACUGGCACGGGUCCAGGCGACUGGCUGUCCGCUCCGGGGGAGGGCGCCGUCUGGGGACGCCCCUGGCGGGCUGCUCGGCGCUUUCCUCCUCGCCCGGGACCCGCCCCUCGCUGGGGAGCUGAGCGGUUGCACUGGGUCCCCCUGUGCAACCGCAGGUGCCUGAGCCCGAACGCAGCCCUAACUGGCUGCUCCUGCAGCCGCGUCCUGCUAGGCAGGUGUCUUCUGUGCCCAUUGCUCUUGGCCUGCGGAGUGCGGUCAGCCCCAGCUCCUCGAAUGGAAGCAUCAUUCUGAGAUACCCCUAACUUUCCAGGACUUAUACUGGACAAAGAUGAGUGUUUCUUCCAGCAUACUGUAACUAGAGUGACCACGUUAGUGCAGACUUUACCAUGGGAGCCAACACAUCAAGCAAAGCACCAGUGUUUGAUGAAAAUGAGGACGUCAACUUUGAUCACUUUGAAAUUUUGCGAGCCAUUGGGAAGGGCAGUUUUGGGAAGGUCUGCAUCGUGCAAAAGAAUGAUACCAAGAAGAUGUAUGCCAUGAAGUACAUGAAUAAACAGAAGUGUGUGGAGCGCAAUGAAGUGAGGAAUGUCUUCAAGGAACUCCAGAUCAUGAAGGGCCUGGAGCAUCCUUUUCUGGUGAAUCUGUGGUAUUCCUUCCAAGAUGAGGAAGACAUGUUCAUGGUGGUGGACCUGCUACUUGGUGGGGACCUGCGUUAUCACCUUCAGCAGAAUGUCCACUUUCAGGAAGACACGGUGAAGCUCUUCAUCUGUGAGCUGGCCAUGGCCCUAGACUACCUACAGAGCCAGCGCAUCAUUCACAGGGAUAUGAAACCUGACAAUAUUUUACUGGAUGAACAUGGGCAUGUGCACAUCACAGACUUCAACAUUGCUGCUCUGCUGCCCAAGGAGACUCGGAUCACCACCGUGGCUGGCACCAAGCCUUACAUGGCACCUGAGAUGUUCAGCUCCAGGAAGGAAACCGGGUACUCCUUUGCUGUCGACUGGUGGUCCCUGGGGGUGACAGCUUAUGAACUGUUGAGAGGCCGGAGACCAUAUCAUAUCCGCUCCAGUACUUCCAGCAAGGAAAUUGUGAACAUGUUUGAGACGGCAAUUGUAACGUACCCUUCUGCUUGGUCACAAGAGAUGGUAUCCCUUCUUAAAAAGCUACUUGAACCUAAUCCAGACCACCGGUUCUCUCACUUGACUGACAUUCAGAAUUUCCCUUACAUGAGUGACAUGAACUGGGAUGCAGUGCUGCAGAAGAGGCUCGUCCCCAGCUUCGUUCCAACUAAAGGCAGGCUCAACUGUGACCCCACUUUUGAACUGGAAGAAAUGAUUCUGGAGUCCAAACCUCUUCACAAGAAAAAGAAGCGCCUCGCAAAAAAGGAGAAGGAGAUGAGAAAAUGUGACUCCUCUCAGACAUGCCUUCUUCAAGAGCACCUCGAUGCUGUCCAGAAGGAAUUUAUAAUUUUCAACAGAGAAAAGGUAAAAAGAGACUUUAAUCAAAGACAAGCAAACCUAGCCUCGGAACAAACCAAAAACAACGCAGAAGAGGAGGAUGGCGAGAAUAACAACCUGUGAGGUUUCCUCAUUUUGGGGUGGGGGACAGUUCUCCGCACCUGGCCAGAAACUUCUGAUUAUCCAUCCAGAAGAGCUAAGGGCAGUCAUUACCACUUCACACCUCAUGACUUACAGAACGGGAAAGAACACCUUCCGAAGCUGGCAACACUCUGCAGUGAAGAGAGCCCUGGUUCUGAGCUCCCUCAGAUCUGAUCUCACCACUAGUGAACUCUGUGACCUUGAGCAAUUUCUUUAACUACUUCCUCUGUUUCUGUUCACUGCUGGAAAGGUAGAGCGCCAUUUCCGAUGAGCUAGCCUUUAGUCUGCUAAUGCCACAGUUCUUGUUCCAAACAGGCUUUAUUUUUAUUUUUAAAUGAAUAUUUGAAGGUAGGUUUAUUUUUUUUUCAUUCUUUUUGAUGACGUUGUAAAAAUGGACACUGUAUACAGUGAGCCUCGUCAGGGCUAAAGAAUAUCACAGAGAGGCUAGAAUUCCAAGGCCUGAUUAGACAGGAAUAGGAUAUUCCAUCAGAAACAAGUACAUUGGUCAGAUUAGGAGUAACAGCGACCCAUAGGCCCUUGCAGCGGGGAGCUGUGUUGGCACGGGAUCUGUUAGCAAGGGUCUGCUGUGCACAUGGCCUCUCAACUUCUCUUCAGCGAUAUGGCCUUGGUCCGUUGAACUUGGUACUGAUGGAAGGAGUCACAUGCAGCAAUUUAGCAAAUGCUGCAAGCUGGGAUUCUUUCAGCAUGGCAGUGGUGAAAUACUGAAUUCCAUUUGCCAUUCUCUGGUAUGCCUGCCACUUAAAGGCUGAUUUUCCUCCGGAAUGGCAGAGACCUGCUUCUGGGGAGGAUUAACAAGAGCGCUGCCCCAGUGAAGGCUUUCAACGGAUCAGUGAAGCUACACCUUACAGGAGACUUAUCUUGCGUGUUAACACGGGAAGCUGGAGAAAGUUUCCCGUGAGAAACUCCUAACUCCAGGUAGCACAAGGCAAGGAAAACUUAGGCAGUCCAUUGCUUCUCUGUCAUGAAACUUGUUACCUUUCGUUUGGUCCUUUAUUUUUCAUAUCAGUCACCUAACAUAUGGAACAAUUUACACAUGGCUACAGACUAGAAUUACAUUUAAAGCAACAGGAUGUGUACAGAUCCCAGAGGUCAAAUUCAGGGAUACUGAUGCCUCUACGUUAUACCACUGUGAGAUGACUGGCAAGAAUUGCCUAGCUCCUUACAAUAUCACUGAUGUCUCACUCUUUCCUGUCUCUAUACUUCAAUUGUGUGCAAAGUGUAUUCAUGUAAAUGUGCAGGUGAUGUAACACCACUGUGCUGACGCCAAUGAAAUCUAGAACCUUUUUGGGUGCCCUCCACUGGCAUCGCUGGGUAGAACGAGGAAGUAGGUGGGCUUUACAAAGCGUUGUUUUCAACUCCUGGAAACUGAGGCCAUCUAGUGGUCACCAUGAUGACAGCAAGCUGCCGUUUGGGGGCAGGCAGACAGGUGGAAAUUGACGGUAGACACUGUGGCAAGUUAAUCUGUGUAGAAAAGCAAGAGCUGAAUGUAAGACCAGCAUUGAUGGUUCACCAGAGUUUUUGGCAUAGCUGUGUGAUAGUGCCUCUCUACUAAGAGCAGCCAUAUUUUUUUAAAGAAUCAAAAACCGCCUCUUUUAUCCAACUCCUGUCUCUGAAGUUCUCGUGUGUCACUUGUGAUAUUUUUGGUUAUGUUUAGUCACUGUUUAAUUCAAAGCACUUGCCCUGACUUCCAGGCAGGUGAAUGGGUCAAACAUAGUAACCCCGAGGUGACUGGAUUCUGCUCCAGGCUGGCACCUCGACAAGUGUCAGGGACCACCCACACACACUCCAGCUUCUGCCUUUUGUCUGUCUGUACUGAGGACCUAAUGUACCAUGGAUUCACCCUCUUUCACCUGGCUCCUCCUUCUUCUGGAUCUUGUCAGCAUCCUCCAAAACAUCAGCGCUCAGAAAUGAUUUCCAAAGGACAGCAGGGUCAGCAAGGUCUCCGCUGGGGAUGAUGAGGACUUGUGGACUGUACGCAUCUUCAAACAUUAAGGUGGGGGGUAGGAUCCCAUGCAAUCUCUGAAGUUUGAAUCUCUAGUUUUUAUUUCCAUUGAGCAUCUUCCUGAGGACCACUGGCGUUUCUGAACCGGGGAUGUGCUGGUUGUAGUUUAGUGUGGGAGUUGGGUAGAUUUCUAGUGCCAGUCAGAUGAGUGGCACACAGUGUGUUUGAAGUUAAAAAAAAAAGAAAAAAGAAAAAGAAAAACACAAAAACAAAAACCACAUUGGGCUGGGUCUGUACCUCCGCAGUAGACUAUAAGCAUAGCAUGCACGAAGGCCUGGGUUAGGUCCCCAGCACCAGGCGAAACAGAACCCCUGCAUCUGGCUGUACAGAAUAACUGACUCUCAGCACUGUCCACUGCUCUGCAUUUUAAAGAAGAGACUUAAAAACAACAGAAACAAAACUUUCCCAAUGUUCCUGGUGAUUGCAUCUUGGUUUUAUUCCCUACUUUGAGCUAAAUGUUAACGCCCCCCAGAUGAAACAUCCCCCCGAUUAUAUUUCUGAGAAGAAUUAGGGACUGAGAACGGCAGAAAACUGUGUGACUACUUCAUCCUUUUUUCUGCUCCUUGCAGAAUCCCUCCAUGCAGUUUCCUCCCGUACUUUCCAGAGCAUCUGAAAAGGCCUGAGGAAGGUUUGAAAACCGGAGUGUCCUGGCUGUGACACCACAGUGAGCUGCUGUCUCCAGGCAUUCCCAGUGACCCAGAGUGGAGGGGUGGGACAGCCUACCCAUUGGGCACCCCUGGCCAUGACCCCUACUCCCUGGAAAGAAGUAUCCUGCUAGGACCCAAUGACCCCACAGCAGCCCUGGUGUUGGCUGAGAUCAUCUUUAGGACAGGAAUGGAUUUCAAGCAGCACAGAACAUUGCUGAAUUAACCACAAUAAUCUAAUUAGUGGGGGUCUAGAAACGACUACUGCUAUGGCUUUCCUAGUGGAUGUGUGAAUAUGUAAUUAGGAAGAAAGAGUGCUGAUGCAGUUAUUGAGAACCAUGUUGCUGUUCCAGGUUGACAGGGAUGCUGAACUUCAAUGCUUCAGCUGCUUAGUGGGCAGGCAUGGCUAGCCCUUUGCUCAGCGCCUCCGUAUUCCUGUGUUUUGUCCACGUAAGAACCUACUUCUGUCCACUGCCGAUUGCUAUUCACCGUAAAUUCAAUGUCUCUGUCCAAUGUUAGACACCGAGACUCCAGAUUUCAUUUUUCUGUGAUGUUCUGAACUGGUGGCUGAUUUAGAAGUCCCCAAAUUAUAAAAAAAAGAAAAAAGUGUGCUUCUGUUGAGCCAUAGUGUAUGUAAUGUAAAUGUGCCUGCACGGAUUAAAAUGUCUUCUGUAACAACA